UGAAAUAACAUGACUAUAGCUGUUUUGCGUUUGUUUCAAACUGAAGUUAUUUGUGCUUACUUAACUUUUGUUGAAGAAAAAUAAUUAAUGUAAUGAACACUCUUGCUACGAUGGGUAAACAUAACUGAUCUUAAACGUGUUUAAAUCUACAUUCUAUUUCACUAUGGCCGUCAGUGUCAGCAAAACUAGAACAGAUUCAUUCGAGUCUUCGCUGUCUUUAAACACGGUUGGCUCCACUCCAAGACUUGUCAUAGCGAUCGACUUCGGUACCUUUGCAAGCGGAUACGCCCUUCAGUGGAGGAGCGACUUUGAUAAUGACAGACUGAGAAUACACACGAAUACAAGAUGGAAUAAUGGUGGAUUUUGUACAUACAAGACUCCCACAGCGCUGCUCUUAAGGCCCGAUGGGGGAGUCGAAGAAUUCGGUUACAAGGCAGAAACUCGAUACUAUGAACUGGAAGACGAAGGGCACAACCCGGAUGACUGGUCCUUCUUCAGAAACUUCAAAAUGGUCCUCUACCGGGCAGAUGGUAACAUAGACUCUGAAACGUUCGUUGAGGGAGCAGGGGGGAAGCAUAUGAAGGCCAUCAAUGUAUUUGGCAAGUGCAUUGAGUAUAUGAAGGAUCAUGCGAUAUCCCACCUGGCAGAAAAUGGCCUCCCGUACCCGGAAAUGGAGACCAAGUGGGUCCUUACGGUGCCUGCUAUCUGGGCUGAUCCUGCAAAGUCCCUCAUGAGGAAAGCUGCUGAAUUGGCAGGGAUACGAGGUGAGAAUUUAAGUAUCGCUCUUGAACCGGAGUGUGCAGCGAUAUACUGUAGUCAAAUCCCCGCCAAUCAGCUGGAGAUAGAAGGGGAUGGCGGCCGUUUGAGGCAUGUUGCUGCGCCCGAGUCUGUUGUUAUGGUGAUAGACAUGGGAGGCGGAACAGUUGACAUCACGACCGUCAGGAUUAAUAAGGACGGUACAAUGGACCACGUCCAGAUCACAGGAGGAGGCCCCUGGGGAGGGACAAGGGUGGAUGACAAGUUCUUUACGCUGUUGAGGGAUCUGAUUGGCCAGAAAGUGAUGGAGGAAUUCUGCACCAAACAUCCAAAUGACGAAUAUGAUUUGAGAAUGGAUUUUGAAGCCCGGAAACGUGAGGUGAAAUAUAAGGACGACCCUAAGGGGAUGGAGAGAUUCCGAAUCCGUCUGCCAAAUUCGCUAAAGGACAUCUGGGAAAGGCACGAGGGAAAGAAAAUCGGCGAAAUUUUAAAAGGAGAAGAAUUCACAAACAGAAGCGUUCGGUUUAUGUCUGGCCGACUGUCGUUCGAUCCCUCAAUCAUGGCAGAUUUCUUUGAAGAUUCUGUAACAGACAUUGUCAACUAUAUAGGCACAACUCUCUCCGAUCCAAACGUCGAGGGCUUGAUUAUCAAUGCAAUGAUUGUUGUUGGGGGAUUUGCGAUGUCGGGUUAUGUGAUAAAGGGCAUUCGUAAAGCGUUCGAGCCCCGCGGUAUUCCUGUGGUACGUCCACAGGCUACGGAAUUGGCUGUUCUAAAUGGAGCAGUUUUGUUUGGACAGAAUGAAGACAUCAUGACCUCUCGGAUCAUGCAACACACUUACGGGAUUGCUUUCACGAUGGAGUUUGACGAAACAAAACACAUGGAAGAAACAAUGUAUGAAGAGAGUGGAAAGAAAUGGGCAAACAAUGUUUUCAGAAAGCACGUGGCAAGAGGUCAAUCCGUCAAACUCGGCGAAUGGAUUAUUGACAAGGAAUACUAUCCCGUGGACGAUACUCAGACGUCAGCAACCGUUUACGUUUACGCCUCAAACCAGGCUGACCCUAUUCACACCACCGAGUCGGGCUGUCGUUACAUUGGGAACUUCGAUGUUGACUUUCCUCUGCCUCAGCCUGGAGUGAAAACCAGGCGUGCAAUUAAAGUAGCCAUGCGAUUUGGAGGAACAGAGCUUGAAGUAAAAGGCGUCAAUGAAGCAACAGGCAAAACCUACAAAAAGAAGCUACGUCUGGCCUAGAGUCAAGGUCAUGGGAUAGAAACUGUGUAAUUAUGGUAAAAUAUGAUAUGACGCCAAGUCAAUAAAGUUGUGUACGUUUAUCGGAAAUGUGCCAUUGCUAUAGCGACAGAUACGUGUUGCCAAAUCAAUUGUUAACUAUUAAUAUUAUUAACAACAUUCUUUUUGAAAAAUUGAUUAAAAAAAAACACCUUGAAAUAUGUAUAAAGAUCAUGCUUGUGUGUAAGCAAGGAUACUAUAAGAACAUCCUGAAGAUCUUUAUCUUAAAUUAUCCAAUUGCUUCGUGUUACAUGUAUAUUAUUUUCAUUUCUUUAUAUGGUUGUUUUUUGCGGGCACUUGUUUUGUCAUGUAUAUUUCCCAUGUGUUGCAUUUUAUUGACUUUGCAUAUCAAUUUCUUUCUAAAAGAAUUAUGGGAUGAUUUAUUUCUGAUUAAAUCUUGCUUAAAUUAUUAAAUCUUG